AUGUCGUCAAGAAGAGGAGAAACCAGGCCGCGAGGAAACCUGAUGCUGCUGGUUAUGAUGGAGCUGAGCUGGGCUAUGCUCUGCCACCCAACCCUGUGGAGAAUCUUAUUUUUUUCCUCCUGGGCUUGUUUGUCUGACGGCGGAUCGGCCAGACAGACUGCAGGAGACGAGGAAGUAGAAGAAGAAGAAGAAGAAGAAAAGAAAAAGGUCCUUGGUCAAGAAUCCCUACAGAAAAGCCCUUCUUACAGGGGUUGCUGCCCGAAGCAUUUAUAUUUAUAUACAGAGCGACCACCACGGCCAGCAGGGGAGGCAUUAUUUAAAAUAAUAUAUCGCCGAGCAGCGAACUACUUAAAGGGCACGCCCAGCUAA